AUGUCCCUGUGCAACACACACUCAGUCCUGGAGACCGAGUCCUGGAGACCGAGUCCUGGAGGCCGAGUCCUGGAGACCGAGUCCUGGAGACCGAGUCCUGGAGACCGAGUCCUGGAGACCGAGUCCUGGAGACCGAGUCCUGGAGACCGAGUCCUGGAGACCGAGUCCUGGAGGCCGAGUCCUGGAGGCCGAGUCCUGGAGGCCGAGUCCUGGAGGCCGAGUCCUGGAGGCCGAGUCCUGGAGGCCGAGUCCUGGGGAGGCCGAGUCCUGGAGGCCGAGUCCUGGAGGCCGAGUCCUGGAGGCCGAGUCCUGGAGGCCGAGUCCUGGAGGCCGAGUCCUGGAGGCCGAGUCCUGGAGGCCGAGUCCUGGAGGCCGAGUCCUGGAGGCCGAGUCCUGGAGGCCGAGUCCUGGAGGCCGAGUCCUGGAGGCCGAGUCCUGGAGGCCGAGUCCUGGAGGCCGAGUCCUGGAGGCCGAGUCCUGGAGGCCGAGUCCUGGAGGCCGAGUCCUGGAGGCCGAGUCCUGGAGGCCGAGUCCUGGAGGCCGAGUCCUGGAGGCCGAGUCCUGGAGGCCGAGUCCUGGAGGCCGAGAGUCCUGGAGGCCGAGUCCUGGAGGCCGAGUCCUGGAGGCCGAGUCCUGGUGGCCGAGUCCUGGAGGCCGAGUCCUGGAGGCCGAGUCCUGGAGGCCGAGUCCUGGAGGCCGAGUCCUGGAGGCCGAGUCCUGGAGGCCGAGUCCUGGAGGCCGAGUCCUGGAGGCCGAGUCCUGGAGGCCGAGUCCUGGAGGCCGAGUCCUGGAGGCCGAGUCCUGGAGGCCGAGUCCUGGAGGCCGAGUCCUGGAGACCGAGUCCUGGAGACCGAACGAAUCACGGCCCCCACCCGUCAGGGCCCCCACCUGUCAGGGCCCCCACCUGUCAGGGCCCCCACAGCCCUGGUCCAUCCUUCACGCCUCGCUAACUCGCUAACACCGCCAUUGUCAGGAUCGAUAGAAGUGCAGCGCCUGGUGCAGGAGUGGGGCGGGGUCUCCACCAUGAAGCAGAGACUCCUGCGACGCAGCGGGAUUCUGUUCCAUUCCCCCAGUUUAGGAUUACAGACUCUGACCAGCAACCAGCGAGGACAUACCAGCACCAAGAGUCUGAGGGGGUGUCUGUCCAAGGGGCUGUGGGGUCUGGUCCGAGGGGGCGUGGUCUGUCCGAGGGGGUUUGGUCAGUCUGAGGGGGCGUGGUCUGUCCGAGGGGGUUUGGUCAGUCUGAGGGGGCGUGGUCUGUCCGAGGGGGCGUGGUCUGUCCGAGGGGGUUUGGUCAGUCUGAGGGAUUGUGGUCAGUCUGAGGGGGCGUGGUCCGAAUCUGAGGGGGCGUGUUCCGAAUCUGAGGGGGCGUGUUCUGUCUGA